AUGCUGUAUGCAAAUGUGACUCCCCUGCCCCGAGCUCCUUGUCCUGGUGGGAUGCUGGUCACAGGAUAUUGCAUGCGGCUUCUCCCCCCAACCAACUGACCAACCGGAUUUUAGCUCCAGCUCGUGGGGGGAAAUUAAGCUCAUUGAAAGGGGGUCCGUGGGGGUGGAGAGCCAUCGCUGCCUGCCCUGAAACCUUUGGGUUCCUUGUGGAGUGAGGAUUUUGCUGCCAUCAAAUCUCAUCCCCAUCCUCUUGCGGGGGAGGAAAUCAACGUUGCCAUCACAGCACAGAAAAGCCAGUUUGGAAAGAGACUCCAGCAAGAAGAGUGCAGUGUUACUAAUAUGGGAGAGUUUAUUGUUUAAUGUGUAGCAGCUGAUGAGAGGGUCGAUCUGCUCUUGCGGUCUAGGGAGGCGGCCGAUGGUAUUUAUGUGGCUGGGUCUGGUGCAGGGAUGGAGAAGAUGUUCUCUGCCUGAGGUAUCCUCUACUCAGCUGCUUUCUAUCAGUUUUUACUGAAGUUGGAAUUGCUGGUUCCAGGGAGGAGUUCUUCAAGACUUCCUAUGAAUAAUUGCUUAGAAAUGAUUGUCACCUAAGAAAUCGGCUAUGGCAAACAGGAAACGUCAAAGCACUACAACCAGCAUGCUGGAUCACAGGGUGAUCGCUUGCCCUACUUCAUCUCACAUCAGAGAGCCUGAAAGUGAAGAAAAUGACCUGCCAAGUGAAGAAUACAUAGCAAAGGAGGCAGAGCUAACAACUGUCAGAGGAGGUAGCCCUACUGCUGUGGAACAGGAGUGCAAUGACAACAGUGGAGAUGGCGACUCCAGCUCUGAUUAUGUGAAUAAUACCUCUGAAGAGGAGGACUAUGAUGAAGGCCUGCCAGAGGAAGAGGAAGGGAUCACGUACUAUAUUAGGUACUGUCCAGAGGAUGACAGUUACCUGGAAGGAAUGGACUGCAAUGGGGAAGAGUAUGUUCCUCAUGAAGAACACCAAGUUGAAACUGAUGAGUGUCAAGAAGCUGUGGAAGAGGAAUGGUCAGAAGCUAACAUCCAGCACCAUGAUGAAAGUGAAGCGACAGAAGGGCAAGACUACCAUGAUAACUGUGUUCAGAUUCUGGAAGAUGAAGUAUCUUCUCUGGAGAUUCAAGACCAAGAAGAAAACGUACAAUACUGUCAAAAUGAAGAAAGCUAUCCAGACUAUUAUCUACCAGAAGCUAAUGGAAACAGUCAUGGGAUAUCCCCCUAUCAUUUGAGGAAAGAAGAUGCUGAGUUGGAAGAGCAGGAAGAAGACAUUGAUCAGAUUGUAGCUGAGAUUAAAAUGAGCAUGAGUAUGAGCAGCAUUAACAGCACAACAGAAAUGAGCCCUGAGUAUGCCGGGACUGAAAAUGUGCAAAAUGACUAUAAAGAGACUUGUACAAAAGGUGAUGCUGAUCAUAGUACCAACAGACAUGAAGGGAGGCCAAAAUCAUUGAAUAUUCCACCUGUUUCAAAGCAUGCUGGAGAUAUGCCUAGAGGCUUUAAAACAAAGUCAAGAACUCCUGAAGACAGACAGAAAUGGCCACAAGAACAGGUAUGCAAUGGUUUAGAACAGCCAAGGAAACAACAACGUUCUGACCUAAAUGGACCAGUUGAUAACAAUAAUACAUCAGAGACAAAGAAGGUGUCUUCAUUUCCAAGUUUUGUUGAUGUUCCAGGACCCUGUGAACCUGAAGAUCUCAUUGAUGGAAUCAUCUUUGCAGCCAAUUACUUGGGUUCUACACAGCUGCUCUCAGAACGCAACCCUUCCAAAAAUAUAAGAAUGAUGCAAGCUCAAGAGGCCGUGAGCCGUGUCAAGAGGAUGCAAAAGGCGGCUAAAAUCAAGAAAAAAGCGACUUCUGAGGGAGAUUCCCAGGCCUUGACUGAAGUGGAUCUGUUCAUCUCCACACAGAGGAUUAAAGUUCUGAAUGCAGAUACACAGGUGGUUGAACAUCAGUGGCCCUGUAAAGAUAUUACAAAUGGAGACCAACAUUUGCCAAAAGACCCCCAGAAAGGGUUAAAUUCAGAGGAAACUAUGAUGGAUCAUGCAUUGCGCACAAUCUCAUAUAUUGCUGAUAUUGGUAACAUUGUUGUUUUAAUGGCAAGACGCCGGAUGCCAAGGUCUGCUUCUCAAGACUGUAUUGAGACAACACCCGGUGCCCAGGAAGGAAAGAAACAGUACAAAAUGAUAUGCCAUGUCUUCGAAUCUGAGGAUGCACAGCUGAUAGCUCAAUCAAUUGGUCAGGCUUUCAGUGUGGCCUACCAGGAGUUUCUGAGAGCCAACGGAAUUAAUCCUGAGGAUCUCAGUCAGAAAGAAUAUAGUGACAUAAUCAAUACCCAGGAGAUGUAUAAUGACGAUCUUAUACAUUUCUCCAAUUCAGAGAACUGCAAAGAGCUUCAGCUAGAAAAGCAGAAGGGAGAAAUUCUCGGGGUGGUAAUUGUGGAGUCAGGAUGGGGAUCCAUUCUGCCCACAGUUAUCCUAGCCAACAUGAUGAACGGAGGCCCUGCUGCUCGUUCAGGGAAACUAAGCAUUGGAGACCAGAUCAUGUCUAUUAAUGGGACCAGUUUAGUUGGUCUUCCUCUUGCAACAUGCCAAGGGAUUAUAAAGGGUCUUAAGAAUCAGAUGCAAGUGAAAUUGAACAUUGUCAGCUGUCCUCCUGUUACAACCGUCCUCAUAAAACGACCAGACUUGAAAUACCAGCUGGGCUUCAGUGUGCAGAAUGGAAUCAUCUGCAGCUUGAUGAGAGGUGGAAUAGCCGAACGGGGAGGUGUCCGAGUAGGGCAUCGCAUUAUUGAGAUCAACGGGCAAAGUGUUGUGGCCACUGCUCACGAGAAGAUAGUACAAGCCUUGUCUAACUCAGUGGGAGAGAUUCAUAUGAAGACCAUGCCAGCUGCAAUGUUUAGGCUUCUAACUGGCCAAGAGACACCCUUGUACAUCUAGCACAUAUGGCUGUCUCCCUCAACAAACAAACUAAAUGAUUCCAUCAAAGCUGAAGUCUACACAACAGAAGAAAGAAUUUUGUAUCUUAUAUAAAUGAAAGGCUUUGAAAUAGGACCUGAAGACUCUUCAAAUUGAAUGGCCAAGCAUCUCUUCCUUUUCUCUUCCUUGCCAAAAAGUGAUGACCAUCUUUAUCAAGGACAAUAAUCACUGAUAUAAAAUCUUUGUAAGACAUAGUAUUUUGCAACAUCUUCUAAACUCUUUUCUCAUUGAAACUUUAACAUAUUUAUUUGUAAUCUUCAUGUGGCAUGGUGUACAACAUAUGUCUGUCAUACUUGAUGAUGUGAGAAUGAGUCAGCAGAAAAUUUACUGCAAAGAUAAUGAAACAGCAGCCUCACAUUAAAAAAAAAAAAAAA